GCCACACCGAUGCCCCGCUCCAAAGUGCCAGAGCAUGCGACGAAGCUCGCCAUCGACGACGCCACGAAGCGUAUCGUCGCGUACGACGCGCGCGGCGUCCACCUAGGUUUUGUCGAGCGCGAUACCUUUGUACAGACCAAGCGGCAAGCCACCGGCUCAUGCACCUCGUUGAGCGCUGAUGAUGUUCAGAAGCUUCCCGGCUGGGCCCAGCUCGAGCAGCAGGCGAACGACAAUUGGGGCACUGGCUCGCGCAAGAUCGUCACCAACGAUAAGGACUACCCCGACCGUCCCGCAGAGAUCUGCGUGGAGGACGCGAGCGAGAUCACCGUUGACGGCGACCCCGCGUGCACGACGCAGACGCAGUCGCUCGAUACGACCAUAACGGGGACGAACGGCACUGCGACAGUCAGCGAGACCACGGGCACGAAGUUCUCUUCGUCGCAGACCGUGUCAGAACAAUCCUCCAUCGCCAUCGGCGAGAAAUUCACCGGCGUUAAGGUCAAGAUACCCAAGAAGAUCUCCAACAUCACCUCGCCCACCUACGUCGAGGCGACCUUCACGAACACGCUCGCGACGACCGAGACGUCCGAGACGGACCAGCAGUCGACGCAGACCGUGUCCAUUGCGGUCGCGGAUGGCAAGACCUGCAAGGUCAACUUUGACGUGUCGACGUGCACGGCGCAGGGCUCCGGGCAGGUGCCGUUCGUGGCGACGGGGUGGGUGUGGUUCGAGUACGACGAUAAGACGGAGGGGCAUUAUAAGUGGGCUCUCAAGAUUGACGAUGUCCUUUCGAACAAGGAUGACCGCUCGACGUUUCUCAAAUUCGAUGCCCAGGUCAAGUCGGAUACGAACGGCGAGUACAAGGCGGAGUGCUGAGCCAGAUUUCAUCCCUGUCCAGGAUAGCAGCGCUCGCGCACGAGUAUUUAUCUUGCUAUUUAUCCGUACGCGUAUGCUGCUGGGGUCCGCAUAUACUCCUUCGAUUGGCGCAAACCUGUCUAUGCGUUGUCAUCCGGGCUAGUUGGCCAUCCUUUCAGUCUUUGGCACUGGCCCCUGGCGGAGGAUGUGACAACAUCGAGCCCAGAAGGGUGUUUGUGGAGGAGAGAUGUAUCCAUUGCUGUUCCAC